AUGUCUUUGGAUGAUAAUGAUGCUUCGUCUUUCGAACCGACGGGUUGCCCAAUUAAGUUCACGGAGGGAGAGAUACGGAAAUGUGAAAAUGACCAUGACCAAGAAGAGGAGAAGAUCCAGGAGCUCUCUGAGAUGAGGGGCUUGAUAGGAUCUAACUCUCUUGGAUGGGUCCCGCAUGAGCAGUUCAAGAAGUCCCAGGAAAUCGUUAAUGCAAUCAAAGCAGGCUUGAUGGAACAGUCCAGCACAGAGGCGGAAAGAUUCGCUUUGCAGGAUCAUUUUCCUUUCGAUGACCACGAGGAGGAUGCGUGA